AUGGGCCACAAUGGGUCCUCCAACACCAUGAGGAUGAGUGACAGGAUACAGACGGACUCAGAACCUCUAGUGACGGUACCUGGCCCCAGCGGUGGGGUUUAAAUGUCAACAGGCUAUGAGCCACAAGGGGCUCCUCCACCACCAUACCAACCCUUGGAUCAUAAUUCCUUCAAUUUCAUCUGAACACCAUGAUAUCUUUUUUCAGCCAGAGCAGAGAGGGCCACGGUGAUUCCUGACGACCUGUUCUAAUUUGGGACAACGUGAAGUUUCCCCAUCGGCCUGCUCAGGUCCGUAAAAACUGGGUCCAUGACCAAUCCAGGUUUACGGUUCUCUAUGCUCCCUGUAUGGACGUUGGGUUACGGGUUGUGGUUAGGGUUGUUCUCUAUCCCCUCCCUAGGUCCCCAUUGAGGUGUUGGUUAGGCGUUUAGGGUUAGGUCGCAUAUACCUGAGAGUUGGGUUAGGGUUAGGGUUAGGGUUAGUUCUCUAUCUCCCUCCAUAGUUUCCCAUGGGAGUUGUUCUCAUCUCCCUCCAUUCCCCAUGGAGGAGUUGGGUUUAAGGGUUAGGGUUAGGGUUAGUUCUCCAUAGUCCCCAUGAGGAGUUGUUUUCAGCCCAUGGGGGUUGAAGGGUUAGGGUUUUUAGGGUUAAGGUUAGUUCUCUAUCGCCCUGAGGAGUUGGGUUAGGGUUAGGUUAGUUUCUCUAUUAUCCCUGAGGGGAGUUGGGUUAGGGUUAGGGUUAUAGGGUUAGUUCUCUACGCCCUGAGGGACGUAGGGGUUAGUGGUUAGGGUUAGGGUUUAGGGUUAGUUCUCUAUUAUCCCUGAGGAGUUGUUUUCGCAUGGCGGUGGAUGGAUUGGACUGGAGGUGUUUUUGUAUCUCUGGGGUCGGAUAACGUCCAUGCUAGGUAAGAUAUUUCCCCCCCGGUCGGGCACAGGACGAAUAUUCCUGUGAUGUUUGAUGAAAAUCUGUGGCCGGACCAGAAUCAAACAGACAUGACUGAUUUUGUUUGGUCUGACCCAUUAAAAGGUCAUUUACCACCUUCACAAGUGCAGUCUCAGUGCUAUGAUGGGGUCUAAAACCAGACUGAAGCAUUUCGUAUACAUUGUUUGUCUUCAGAAAGGCAGUGAGUUGCUGCGCAACAGCUUUUUCUAAAAUUUUUGAGAGGAAUGGAAGAUUCGAUAUAGGCCGAUAGUUUUUUAUAUUUUCCGGGUCAAGGUUUGGCUUUUUCCAAGAGAGGCUUUAUCACUGCCACUUUUAGUGAGUUUGGUACACAUCCGGUGGAUAGAGAGCUGUUUAUUAUGUUCAACAUAGGAGGGCCAAGCACAGGAAGCAGCUCCUUCAGCAGUUUAGUAGGAAUAGGAUCCAGUAUGCAGCUUGAAGGUUUAGAGGCCAUGAUUAUUUUCAUCAUUGUGUCAAGAGAUAUAGUACUAAAACACUUAAGUGUCUCUCCCGAUCCCAGGCCCUCGCAGAGCUGUGCAGAUCCAGGACAGCUAAGCCCUGGAGGAAUACGCAGAUUCAAAGAGGAGUCCGUAAUUUGCUUUCUAAUGGUCAUGAUCUUUUCCUCAAAGAAGUUCAUGAAUUUAUUACUGCUGAAGUGAAAGCCAUCCUCUCUUGGGGAAUGCUGCUUUUUAGUUAGCUUUGCAAACAGUAUCAAAAAGAAAUUUUGGAUUGUUCUUAUUUUCCUCGAUUAAGUUGGAAAAGUAGGAUGAUCGAGCAGCAGUUGAGGGCUCUUCGGUACUGCACAGUACUGUCUUUCCAAGCUAGUCGGAAGACUUUCCAGUUUGGUGUGGCGCCAUUUCCGUUCCAAUUUCCUGGAAGCUUGCUUCAAAGCUCGGGUAUAUUCUGUAUACCAGGGAGCUAGUUUCUUAUGACAAAUGUUUUUCGUUUUUUAGGGGUGCAAUUGCAUCUAGGGUAUUGCAUGUAAAACAUUCUAUACAUCUAGACAUUGAGACAUUAUAAACAUCUACACAUAGGUGAAAAUCUAGACAUGUAACAUUCUAUAGAAACAUUCUUACAUCUAGAUAUGGAAACAUUCUAUAUGUCUAGACAUGGAAACAUUCUAUACAUCUAGACAUGGAAAACUUCUAUAUGUCUAGACAUAGGUGAACAUCUAGACAUGGAACGUUCUAUACAUCUAGACACAGAUGAACAUCUAGAAAUGGAAACAUUCUAUACAUCUAGACAUGGAAACAUUCUAUACAUCUAGACAUGGAAACAUUCUAUAUGUCUAGAAAUGGAAACCAUUUUACAUCUAGACAUAGGUGAACAUCUAUACAUUGUAAAACAUUCUAUACAUCUAGAACAUUGAAACAUUAUAAACAUCUACACAUAGGUGAACAUCUAGACAUGGAACAUUCUAUAAAUCUAGACAUGGAAACAUUCUAUACAUCUAGACAUGGAAACAUUGUAUAUGUCUAGACAUGGAAAACAUUCUAUACAUCUAGACAUGGAAACAUUCUAUUACAUCUAGACAUGGAAACAUUCUAUACAUCUAGACAUGGAAAACAUUCUAUACAUCUAGACAUGGAAACAUUCUAUACAUCUAGACAUGGAACAUUCUAUACAUCUAGACAUGGAAACAUUCUAUACCAUCUAGACAUGGAAACAUUCUAUACAUCUAGACACAGGUGAACAUUUUAGACAUGGAAAACAUUGUAUACAUCUAGACAUAGGUGAAUAUCUAGACAUGGCAACAUUCUAUACAUCUAGACAUGGAAACAUUCUAUAUGUCUAGACAUAGGUGAACAUCUAGACAUGUGAACAUUCUAUACAUCUAGACAUAGGUGAACAUCUAGACUUGGAAACAUUCUAUAUGUCUAGACAUGGGUGAACAUCUAGACAUGGAACAUUCUAUACAUCUAGACACAGGUGAACAUCUAGACAUGGAAACAUUCUAUACAUCUAGACAUGGAAACAUUCUAUAUGUCUAGACAUGGAAACAUUUAUACAUCUAGACAUAGGUGAACAUCUAUACAUGGAAACAUUCUAUACAUCUAUACAUUGAAACAUUCUAUAUGUCUAGACAUAGGUGAACAUCUAGACAUGGAAACAUUCUAUACAUCUAGACAUGGAAACAUUCUAUAUGUCUAGACAUGGAAACAUGUUUACAUCUAGACAUAGGUGAACAUCUAGACAUGGAAACAUUCUAUAUGUCUAGACAUAGGUGAACAUUUAGACAUGGAAACAUUCUGUACAUCUAGACAUGGAAACAUUCUAUACAUCUAGACAUAGGUGAACAUCUUGACAUGGAAACAUUCUAUAUGUCUAAACAUAGGUGAACAUUUAGACAUGGAAACAUUCUAUACAUCUAGACAUAGGUGAAAAUCUAGACAUGGAACAUUCUAUACAUCUAGACACAGGUGAACAUCUAGACAUGUAAACUUUAUAAACAUCUACACAUAGGUGAACAUCUAGACAUAUAACAUUGUAUAGAAACAUUCUAAACAUCUAGAACAUGGAAACCUUCAUACAUCUAGACAUAGGUGAAAUCUAGACAUGGAACAUUCUAUACAUCUAGACACAGGUCGAACAUCUAGACAUGGAAAACUUAUAAACAUCUACAACAUAGGUGAACAUCCUGACAUAUAACAUUGUAUAGAAACAUUCUAAACAUCUAGACAUGGAAACAUUCUAUAUGUCUAGACAUGGAAACAUUCUUUACAUCUAGACAUAGGUGAACAUCUAGACAUGGAACCAUUCUAUACAUCUAGACAUGGAAACAUUCUAUAUGUCUAGACAUGGAAACAUUAUUACAUCUAGACAUAGUUGAACAACUAGACAUGGAACAUUCUAUACAUCUAGACACAGUUGAACAUCUAGACAUGGAAACAUUCUAUACAUCUAGACAUUAGACAUUCUAUACAUUAGACAUAGGUGAACAUCUAUACAUGGAAACAUUAUAUACAUCUAGACAUAGUGUGAACAUCUAGACAUGGAACACAUUCUCUACAUCUAGACAUAGGUGAACAUCUAGACAUGGAAACUUUCUAUAUGUCUAGACAUAGGUGAACAUCUAUACAUGGAACCAUUCUAUACAUCUAGACAUGGAAACAUUCUAUACAUAUAGACAUAGGUGAACAUCUAGACAUUGAAACAUUAUAAACAUCUAGACAUAGGUGAACAUCUAGACAUGGAAACAUUGUACACAAAACAGAAAAACAUAAAUACAUCCAUUCAGUAAAUAAAAACAGAGAUCAGGACAUAACACAGAAGUAAAAACAUUGUGUUACAGUGCAUUAAAGCGCUGUGGAGGAAAUAAGAUAACCUGUGUUCAAAUCUUUGAAUCAAUCAACAUGACGAAACUAGUUAGUUUGUAGGGGUAGAGGUGGAGGUGGAGGUGGGAGUGGAGGUCGGGGUGGAGGUGGAGGUGGAGGUGGAGGUGGAGGUCGUGGUGGAGGUGGAGGUGGAGGUCGGGGUGGAGGUGGAGGUGGGGGUGGAGGUCGGGGUGGAGGUGGAGGUGGAGGUCGGGGUGGAGGUGGAGGUGGGGGUGGGGGUGGAGGUGGAGGUGGGGGUGGGGGUGGGGGUGGGGGUGGGGGUGGGGGUGGGGGUGGAGGAAGACCAAGAACAAGGAGAGUAAUCUCUGACAUUCGGGCGACUGUGGUGGACCAUGUGGUAAACCAAGGUUUGACCUCGAGAGAGGCAGGGCAGAGAAUGCGGCCCAAUCUGAGCCCCUUCACUGUAGCCUCCAUCAUCCGGACGUCCCAAAAUCAGAAUAGGUAUGUACUGCAGACAUUGGACCUGUCUACUACUUUUACUACUUGACAGUAGUACUACAUAAAGCACAGUAAAGACUGUAGAUUCCAAUACAUACUGUAAGGGGAAACAAAGUCAACGUUUUCUCUAUUACUGUACGUAUGAAACUGGGAGCGAUACUACUUUGUAACAUGUGUAUCUUGUAUAGUGUGUUACUGUAGUGUUUACUGUACUGUGUGCUAUUUUGUUAUUGUAGAACUGAAAGACGACGACCACGUGAUGGUAGAACACGUCUAUUUACAGAUGAACAGGAGGCUGUCUUUGUGCAAAUGGUAGUUGAACAUAAUGCCAUAAGACUGCGAGGAAAUCCAACAAUAGAUUGUUGAAAACCUUGCCAUUUUCCAUAACGUCAGAGUGAGUUUAUCAACUAUAGCCCACAUCCUUAAGAAACACCAUCUCCGGAUGAAGCAAAUCUACAGAGUCCCAUUUGAAAGGAAUUCCCAAAUAGUGAAGGAUAAACGGUACGAAUAUGUGGAAGUAAGCAAUGUAUUAGUAUUACACUCUUUAAACAUCAGAGGCUCAUUGAUGUUGCCAGUGAUCUUUUCUAUACAGCAAUUACAGUAUUUACUGUCAUUUCAGAGACUCAUAGAGUUGGAUGUAAGUCCCAUCCCCCAGGAACUCAUAUUCAUAGAUGAGGCUGGAUUCAACUUAGCGAAGACGAGGAGGAGAGGAAGGAACAUCAUUGAGGUACCUGGCCAGCGUGGGGUAAACGUCACCAGCUAUGAGCCACAAUGGGGUCCUCCACCACCAUGAGGAGAGGAAGGAACAUCAUUGAGGUACCUGGCCAGCGUGGGGUAAAUGUCACCAGCUAUGAGCCACAAUGGGGUCCUCCACCACCAUACCACCCUUGGAUCAUACAUCCUUCAUUUUCUGAACACCUUUCAUCUUUUUCAGCCAGAGCAGAGAGGGGCCAGGUGAUCCUGAGAAUGUUCUAAUUUGGGACAACGUGAGUUUCCAUCGGGCUGCUCAGGUCCGUAACUGGUUCCAUGACCAUCCCAGGUUUACGGUUCUCUAUCUCCCUGAGGAGUUGGGUUAGGGUUAGGGUUAGGGUUAGUUCUCUAUCUCCCUCCAUAGUCCCCAUUGAGGUGUUGGGUUAGGGUUAGGGUUAGUUCUCUAUCUCCCUGAGGAGUUGGGUUAGGGUUAGGGUUAGGGUUAGUUCUCUAUCUCCCUCCAUAGUUCCCAUGGAGGAGUUGUUCUCUAUCUCCCUCCAUAUUCCCCAUGGAGGAGUUGGGUUAGGGUUAGGGUUAGGGUUAGUUCUCCAUAGUCCCCAUGGAGGAGUUGUUUUCAGCAUGGUGGUGGAAGGGUUAGGGUUAGGGUUAGUUCUCUAUCGCCCUGAGGAGUUGGGUUAGGGUUAGGGUUAGUUCUCUAUCUCCCUGAGGAGUUGGGUUAGGGUUAGGGUUAGGGUUAGUUCUCUAUCGCCCUGAGGAGUUGGGUUAGGGUUAGGGUUAGGGUUAGGGUUAGUUCUCUAUCUCCCUGAGGAGUUGUUUUCAGCAUGGCGGUGGAAGGUGUAUCAGGGGUGGAUACGUCAUGCUAGAAGAUAUUUCCCCCGCUGUCUGGCCAAGGAGAAUAUCUCCUGUGAUGUUGAUGAAAAUCUGUGGCCGGACCAGAACAACAGACAUGACUGAUUUUGUUUCUUGAAUUAUGAUUUUACUGUUUUUUGACUUUCUUUAUCUAUUCUGUACAAUUGAUCUAACAUACAGUAGUACAAAUAGGCCAAUUUUUCUUCCUUUGCAUAUGCAAAAUAUAUUUACUUUACGUUUGCAUUUUUACUGAAUGUGUCCCUACAUUAUGCUGUUUGACCUGUAUUGAGUCAUGUUGAAAUAUAAAACUUAAAUUUGUGCAUUUGUGUUCCUUUCUUGUUUGAGUACACACAAACAAUAUACAGUCUAACAACAAAAUCUUAGUCUUUACACUGAAAUAGGUUCUGAUAGUAGUGUUUUGAAUAGGUCACAUUAGUGUGGUCUUGGUUGUCACUAAGUUAGAUUCAUUUGAUAUGUGUCUCAUUUGUAUGCAGAGUUUGAUUUUGAGCAGGGAGUACAUGAUUUUGAUUGCUGUGUUUCAUUUUGCAAGAUGUCUGUGGGGUUUGGGGAAAUUGGCUAACUGUUUUGUGUAUUAGAGUUUUGAGUACCUGAGACGUAAUUUCAGCAAACGUGUGUUAACAAUUAGGAAAUACUGUAAGAAGUCAUUGAAAAUAAAUGCCCUUUUUUCAAUGAUUGAAUUGUAAUUGUGGUUUAUUUCCUUUAAUUCGAAUUGAGCCCAACCCUGAUACACACAUAUCGCAUACACACACAUGCACGUGCACAUACACACACACACUUUCACAGUCACACUGAUCCACUCCCUUGUGCAUGUGUGAAUUACAGUAAUUGGCUUGGAUAAAAGUCUCUGCUAAAUGGCAUAUAUGAUAUGAUUAUAUAUUAUUAUUUUAUUUCAGAUGAACCAGAGGUGUCAGUGGAGGGGUUCGAUGGGAACUGGUACCUGGACCGUCAGAACGUUGAGCUCACAUGUCUGGCCGACGCCAACCCACCUGUCUCUCUGUUCCAGUGGAGAAUGUGAGUAACCCCUGACCUCUGACCCCUAACCUCUAACCCUAAGCGUAACUGUGAGUAUACCAAUCUCAUAGAGAUAUAAAGAGGGCUCUUGAUGGAUAUAGCUUGUUUUAGCAUGGACAGCGCCAUUGAGGAAUGUUUUAAUAGUCAACAGGUGGGACUUCCUAUGGGUUAAGGAAGGAUCAUAUAAUUCCAUCCAGGUCAUCAGGAGGGAUCAGCUAAUUAAUUAUACUCAUGAGAAAACAUUCCAUUACUGCAGGUGGCAGUAAAUCACCAACCUUGGCUUUAUACCUGUUCAGACAACACCCUCCAGGGGGCAGUAAAUCACCAACCUUGGCUUUAUACCAGUUCAGACAACACCCUCCAGGGGGCAGUAAAUCACCAACCUUGGCUUUAUACCUGUUCAGACAACACCCUCCAGGGGGCAGUAAAUCACCAACCUUGGCUUUAUACCAGUUCAGACAACACCCUCCAGGGGGCAGUAAAUCACCAACCUUGGCUUUAUACCAGUUCAGACAACACCCUCCAGGGGGCAGUAAAUCACCAACCUUGGCUUUAUACCUGUUCAGACAACACCCUCCAGGGGGCAGUAAAUCACCAACCUUGGCUUUAUACCUGUUCAGACAACACCCUCCAGGGGGCAGUAAAUCACCAACCUUGGCUUUAUACCUGUUCAGACAACACCCUCCAGGUGGAAGUAUGCACCCUUUCAGUUUGUUUACUGACUCAUAGAAAUAGAAGAAGAAGAAAUUGACUACUUAAAAUGGAGAAAGCCCUCAAUGGUGUCACAGAAGCCAUUAUGUGAUUAAAUAAAAAGAUGAGUCCUCUUUAUAAUUCUAUGGUCUGUCCACAUUUAUAUAUGUUUGAUAUUUAUGAAGCUAUGCAUGUUAUGUCAUACUUGGAAUAAUGGCAUUCGUGUGUGUUUGUGUGUGUGUAUGGGUGUGUGUGUGUCCCUGUAGGUUGAAUGGUUCCAUACCGAACAGCGUAGAGAUCCGUGACAAUGUCCUGUUAUUUAAAGGACCAAUCAGAUACGAGGUGGGAGGGACUUAUGUCUGCGACGCGACCAAUAGCAUUGGGACAAGCUCCGCCUUCGUGGAGGUCAGCAUCACAGGUAAGGUCAUCUGGUUACAAUGGUUAUCUGGAGUGUGUGUGUGUGUGUGUGUGUGUGUGUGUGUGUAACUGUUGUUUUUCUCUCUGUGUAGAUGAGCCACUGCCCCAGGUGGGAACAGGUGAUGUCAUCAGUGUUCUGGGCGUACUAUUUGCUGUGGGGCUGAUUCUGGGCGUAGCGAUCACUGUGCUGCUUCUUAACAGGAGAAAACAGAGGAGAGAGAUGGAUGCUGACUCGUAUGUAUAUUAUUAGUUAUCAAACCUAUUGUUAUUGACAUGGUCAGAUAACUCCAGCAUAGAUUAGUAACUUGAUUUCUAAUUUGCACACAGAAACUAGAGGCCAUGAGUAACUUGGUCAAAAAGAAUGGCACCGAUUGGCCUGUAGGUAGCGUUGUUAUAAGCAGUCUCACUUAAGCCCAGUUUGACCUAGAGACUUGAAACUUUGUAUGUCGGUGUCUUUCCUCAUGCUGAACAAAUUUGCCUCACAGACACAGAAGGUCCAUCGGGAUCGAUUUUCCUCCAUCUUGGAAAUUUUUGAAAACAUUUUAAAGACUUCUCAUGAACCAUAGGGCCAAACCAUUGUUCAAAAGAUGGCUGAGUUAUUGAAAAAUCAAAAAUCUGAUUUUACGUGUCCAUUUAAACCAAGGAGCAGCUGCUCUUCCUUGGGUCCAGCAAAAUGAAGGCAGUUAUACCAUUUAAAAAACAUUACAAUACAUUCACAACAGAUUUCACAAAACAUUAAGUGUGUGCCCUCAGGCCCCUACUCUACUACCACAUAUUUACAACACAAAAUCCAUGUGUACGUGUGUGUAUAGUGCGUAUGUUAUCGUGUGUGUGCGUGCAUGUGUCUGUGCCUAUCAUUGUGUUGCUUCACAGACCCCGCUGUUCUAUAAGUGUUAUGAUGAGUUUCUCGGGUAUCAAAGAAUCAAGGAUGCAAGAAUAUACUUAGACAUUCUGUGGUGAUUUCAUACCAAGUAUUUAUUGAAUCACAAGCUUGUGGGUUCAUCUAACAAACAGACAUGGCUUUGCCCUUCGUCAGUUGAACUAACUUUGUCACGAUCGUUAUAAACAGCGGACCAAGGCGCAGCGUGGUAAGCGUACAUACUUUAUUCAAUUAACGUACUUGACACACGAUCAAAACAAAACAACAAACGAUACGUGAAGUCCUAGGUUAAACACCAAAACAAACCUUCCGGAACAAGAUCCCACAAUGACUAGUGCCAAACAUGCUGCCUAAGUAUGGUCCCCAAUCAGAGACAACGAGCAUCAGCUGCCUCUGAUUGGGAACCACCCUGGCCAACAUAGAAAUACAUGAACUAGAACAAAACAUAGAAAAUAACACAUAGAAAAUCCACACCCUGGCUCAACAUAUAAGAGUCCCCAGAGCCAGGGCGUGACAAACUUGAACAAAGAAGACCCUCUAUCUUAUAUAGCCUUUAUUACCAUCUUCCUGGCAUACAUCUGGCAAGUCUCCAUGGGCACUCCCUGUCUUUGAUGUUCAUCACAUUUUACCCCAAGUCAGUAUCCUAAACAUCCCUCAUGCUAUUCUAAAAAUCACUCAUGCUAUUCUAAUCACUCAUGCUAUCCUAAACAUCACUAAUCUCCUUUGACAUAAUGGAAUGUAGACUUCAUGGCCCCAAACCACUCAUCUCUUAACUCUUUCCCUGUCCUCACAAUCCUAUGACAUGACAUCAUAACAAUCCAUUUUUUUUUCUUUUGUGGUAAGUGACAUGACUUAACCCCAAACAAUUCACAUAUAAAUUCUUAUAAAAUUCAAUAUUAUCUAAUCAGUAGUACAUAUAUCUCUGACUAGAUCCUAAACCAUGCUAGAUAACUGAGAAUUGAUCCCUAUCUACAGUCCAACUUGAUUCUCCAUAUAUUUAAUCAACAAAGGUAUAAAUUCUCAGUCAUCUAUCUUAUGUGAUAUCAAACCUCUCAAACCCCUAUAAACUCAGUCAGAGUAAAAGAUAAACAGAUAAUUAACUACUAUAUAUUCAUGAUAAUAAUCUAUGUAGUCAAAACCUUAUUUUUUAUAUAUAUAUAUAAGGAAAAAAUACCACAUAGACAUCAUCCCCUCUUUUAAAAUGACCCCUUUUUCUGAUAGACGCAAUUAAAAAAACAUACAUAGAAAUAAAUUGUUACCAUAAUGACAUCAACAAUACACAACAAUUAUACAUAACCAUUACUAAGUUACAUGAAUAUUAUAAUCUAUACACAUUCAUAUAAAAAUAACAAAAACAUCCAUCUUCAUCAUCCAUGCGCUGUCAGAGGAACCCCAAGCUUAUCCUGGUCACAAGGGUCAAUCUGAUCCACUGAGAUAUCCAUCUUCUUCCUGUAACCCUUAAUUCCAUGGCAUACAAUUCCAACUUAACAUUCCCUGUUAAAUCAUUACAUCUCUAAACUAUUCCCGCUUUAAUAAUUCAACCAAAUUCAGAUCAUAUGAAAACAUCCUAACCCCAUGAUAAUAACCAACUAAGUACUUGCCUAUCAACAUAAAUAUUUACUACUCUAAACAUCCAUAUCAAUAUCACCCAAUACGCCAAAUCUAUAUCAUUACUAAUAUUUUAAUACUUUAACCAAAUUAAUCAACAUCUUCAUUAUUUCAUUCACAAUCCUCACCUUAACUUCCAUUACAACUUCCAGAAUGUAUACUUAUGUUAUCAUACAUUAUAAACAUCCAUAAUUCAAUUAUGACCUUCCUCAUCCUGAUAAUAAAUACAGAUCAUUAUCUCAAUGCAUUACCAAUAAUAUCAAUUUAGCAGUGUAUAUACCUACUACCCAACUUAUCAAAUUUAGAUAAAUCCAAUUUUAUUAUCAACAAGCAACCCCUUUAUUCCACCCAGCACUUACAUCUUCUGGCGCCUCUUCAUUAUGUUCUUCCGACAGCUUCAUAUUCCAAAAUGACUUUCCCAUUAAAAUGUCACAACUACAAUGUCCCAUUCGAUUCAUCACCAACUCCACAACCUCAAUGUAAUGUCCAUUUGCCAACCAUUAUACCAACAACAUGAGAAAUGUUGCAUUUCAACAUAUCUUUCUCCAUUCUCACUCAAUGGUGAACUCCUUUCCCACUCCUUCGAUAUAAAAAAAUUAAAUCCUUUGAUAUCUUCGAUUGUUUGUUGUAGACCAGUUGCAUGUAGAAAUUGUAUUUUACAAAAACAUCUUCAACGCCUCUGAUAUUCAUCUUCAGCCGGUUCAUAGUUUGUUACUUACUGAUUUAUAGGUACACACCAUUCUAUUCCAAAUUAUCCCUUAUUAUGCAUCAAGAUACCAUCUGUAUUUACCUCACUAGAAGACAAAAAAUACAACAAUUUAAUUGAUUUAAUUUCUAAACCAAUAAAUCCCUAUAAACAUUCAUCAUAUGACAAAUGAUCAUGCUUUAACAAUAAUUCCUAAUACCAAUUCCUAUUAUACUUCCCAAUUUCUAUUACGUAAACCCUUUAAAUACAUAUAACCGAAUGGAAUGACAGCCAGUUGAUUCCUGGAAAUCUGGAAAUCUUGAAAUUAUUGGAGGUCUAUAGCUCUGUUCCUCCACUGAGGUAAUCAGCCAUAACCCACAUCUCAUCAUUGUCAUUCCUCAAACAUUGUCCUCCAUCACCUGAUAAUUGUCAUCAACAGUAUCCUCAUCUCUAAUCGUCAGUUUCCUCGUAGCCAUCUGUUGGUUGACCUGAUACCUGUUCAAUCUCCCCUCUAUCCAUACCUCCGUUGGUGUAGACUGUGUGAUGAUGCAUGAACCUUCUUCCUUCACUAGUUCUAUGAUCAUGCAGAGUCCUUCUCCAUUUAUCACCAUCUCUCUGUUGUUGUGUCCUUCUAUCAGCGUACCAAUAUUCCCUGUUUCCAAAAACACACAGACAAAACAAAACAAUGCUCCGCCGAAGCGGUGCCAUCUUCCUCCUCUUCGUUAGAAAAGUCCUACAAUGGUACAUACAGAUCUAGGAAUCUCUCUCUCUUACUUGCCCCUCCAUCAAGGCAUCCAUCAACACCUAUUCCUAACCUUCCCACUUGGGUGUUGUCCAUCAAUUACUUCCUUAAUCCUUUACCACCACAUAGUCUCCAAGUUGCAAAAAAUGUCCAGAUUCUCCUGGUAGGUCUGGCAGAGAAGCCUUCACCUUUUCUAAAGAAAAUCUGGAUAACAUUGUUAGUUGAGACACAGCAUGCUACUUCAUCCUGUCUUCUUAUCAGUCCUGAUAAGCCUUCUAGAUUAGGAAGUGCACAUUCUUGCAGCUUGUUAUAGUCACUAAUGUCAUAGAAAAUCCUCCUCUACAUUCUUCCUUAUACCACAAAUAUAUUUUCCCCUAAAACAUUUAAUCUAACCCAUAACACAUUACUUACUACUGCUCACAUUCUUACUAUGAUAUGCAAAUAUACCAAUAAAUCCUCAUACCAUCAAUACUACCCCCUUUUUUGAACACAUGAGUCACAACGUGAUUCAUGCUUUCAAAAACAAAACACCAACAUUGUUUAUGGUGGUCCUCUGUAGCUCAGCUGGUAGAGCACGGCGCUUGUAAUGCCAGGGUAGUGGGUUCGAUCCCCGGGACCACCCAUACACAAAAAUGUAUGCACGCAUGACUGUAAGUCGCUUUGGAUAAAAGUGUCUGCUAAAUGGCAUAUUAUUAUUAUUAUUUAUUAAAUCAUAAUAAAAAUUUAAUUAAAAUGAAUUUACUUCUAUCCCAUAAAGUAAUCCACGAUUAGUAUAAUUAACUAUCAACAGGUAUCCCUCAUUCAGGAUAGCUCCCUCUCUCUUUAGUUAUUUUAUAGCUCAAAUCAUAUAUAUUAAAAUCAAAUUAUAAACCACGUCACAAUAGUCCGUUUUAAUAAAUUACCCUCAACUCAGUAAAAUGAACUAUCUUAAAUUCCUCACCCAUGUUUCCAGGAUUACUAGUGUGGAUGAUCAGAUCACACCAGCAAGUCAAAACCGAGUUCAGAGGUCAUUGAAAUCAUUCAACGAAUUGUUCCAUCAAAUAGUAUACUAAUCAUUACCAACAUUUAAAACUUCUAAUAAAUGUUAUGUACCCCAAGUGUACCUAAUAUCCUCAUGACAUUUAUUCUCAUAAGAAAUCAUGUAUACCCAAAACUCAGUCAAAUAUAAAAACUUCAUAAAAUUCACUGUGUGCUCCUUUAAGACUUAUCACCUUUGGCCUGUUGAAACUCCUCACACUCAAAAUAACAACCCUUUAUAACAUCAUACUAGGUGUGUUGUGUGUUUAUUUGAAAAACCCAUUUGGAAAACAAAUAACACAAACAUGGCCAGGCCUUACAGUGGGGGAAAAAAGUAUUUAGUCAGCCACCAAUUGUGCAAGUUCUCCCACUUAAAAAGAUGAGAGAGGCCUGUAAUUUUCAUCAUAGGUACAUGUCAACUAUGACAGACAAAAUUAGAAAAGAAUUCCAGAAAAUCACAUUGUAGGAUUUUUAAUGAAUUUAUUUGCAAAUAAUGGUGGAAAAUAAGUAUUUGGUCAAUAACAACAGUUUCUCAAUACUUUGUUAUAUACCCUUUGUUGGCAAUGACACAGGUCAAACAUUUUCUGUAAGUCUUCACAAGGUUUUCACACACUGUUGCUGGUAUUUUGGCCCAUUCCUCCAUGCAGAUCUCCUCUAGAGCAGUGACGUUUUGGGGCUGUCGCUGGGCAACACGGACUUUCAACUCCCUCCAAAGAUUUUCUAUGGGGUUGAGAUCUGGAGACUGGCUAGGCCACUCCAGGACCUUGAAAUGCUUCUUACGAAGCCACUCCUUCGUUGCCCGGGCGGUGUGUUUGGGAUCAUUGUCGUGCUGAAAGACCCAGCCACGUUUCAUCUUUAAUGCUCUUGCUGAUGGAAGGAGGUUUUCACUCAAAAUCUCACGAUACAUGGCCCCAUUCAUUCUUUCCUUUACACGGAUCAGUCGUCCUGGUCCCUUUGCAGAAAAACAGCCCCAAAGCAUGAUGUUUCCACCCCCAUGCUUCACAGUCGGUAUGGUGUUCUUUGGAUGCAACUCAGCAUUCUUUGUCCUCCAAACACGACGAGUUGAGUUUUUACCAAAAAGUUAUAUUUUGGUUUCAUCUGACCAUAUGACAUUCUCCCAAUCCUCUUCUGGAUCAUCCAAAUGCACUCUAGCAAACUUCAGACGGGCCUGGACAUGUACUGGCUUAAGCAGGGGGACACGUCUGGCACUGCAGGAUUUGAGUCCCUGGCGGCGUAGUGUGUUACUGAUGGUAGGCUUUGUUACUUUGGUCCCAGCUCUCUGCAGGUCAUUCACUAGGUUCCCCCGUGUGGUUCUGGAAUUUUUGCUCACCGUUCUUGUGAUCAUUUUGACCCCACGGGGUGAGAUCUUGCGUGGAGCCCCCAGAUCGAGGGAGAUUAUCAGUGGUCUUGUAUGUCUUCCAUUUCCUAAUAAUUGCUCCCACAGUUGAUUUCUUCAAACCAAGCUGCUUACCUAUUGCAGAUUCAGUCUUCCCAGCCUGGUGCAGGUCUACAAUUUUGUUUCUGGUGUCCUUUGACAGCUCUUUUGUCUUGGCCAUAGUGGAGUUUGGAGUGUGACUGUUUGAGGUUGUGGACAGGUGUCUUUUAUACUGAUAACAAGUUCAAACAGGUGCCAUUAAUACAGGUAACGAGUGGAGGACAGAGGAGCCUCUUAAAGAAGAAGUUACAGGUCUGUGAGAGCCAGAAAUAUUGCUUGUUUGUAGGUGACCAAAUACUUAUUUUCCACCAUAAUUUGCAAAUAAAUUCAUUAAAAAUCCUACAAUGUGAUUUUCUGGAAAAAAAAAUCUCAAUUUGUCUGUCAUAGUUGACGUGUACCUAUGAUGAAAAUUACAGGCCUCUCUCAUCUUUUUAAGUGGGAGAACUUGCACAAUUGGUGGCUGACUAAAUACUUUUUUUCCACAAACACAAAAAAAAAAAUUUUAUGCACGCAUGACUGUAAGUCGCUUUGGAUAAAAGCGUCUGCUAAAUGGCAUAUUAUAUUAUAUUAUUAUAUUUUAUUCAGUAAGUCCUGCUGCUUGAAGUCUUUUGGAACACUAAUGUGGAGUGUACAAACUAAAAUUUAAAUCAUUUACACAAACAGAUUACGACAAAAUAAAGUCCCAGAAUUCAAAGAUGACGUCAUUAUACCAAUACAAUAAUGAUGAAAAUAUUUCACAAAUCUUAACAAAAAACGUUAGUCAAAUUGACCCCAGAAUAAACUCAAUACAUUAAGUAAUGACUUUAAGAAUGAUUACCUGCUGCAUUCAAAGACAAACAACUUACAGCACUAUACUAAACUUCACUUGUGUCCUCCUUGUGAUAUUGAUAAAUAUGGUAAUGCUGACUGCACAUAAAGGAAGAUAGUACAUGAUCGAUCUUGGUUUGUUAUCCAACUGAUCUGGUUCUUUCUGUCAUCCUGUCCAUUGGGUUAGGGUUAGGGUUAGGGUUAGGGUCCACAGCUAUAUUUAUUAUUAUUAUUAUCAAUCCCUUUCCUACCACCUCCUUACUGCUUGCUAUCUGAUGGUCUAUGCAUAUUUAUUGUUCUAAUAAUUUAUUUUGAUUUGAUUUAUUAUCAAUGCCCUGUUCCUACAAGCGAAAAGCUAUUACUAAUAGCUUGCCUAUCUAGAUGAUAAAAACUAACUUUCCUUUCUUGUGUUAAUAAUUCUAUGGUUCGAUAUUACUGUUUUCCCCUCCUUUCCUUUUCUUGUCUUUUUUUUUUUCCCCUUUCUUUGGUUUUCCUCUCUUUGUUCUUUCUCUUUUUUUUCUUUUUUUUUUCCCCCCCCUUUUUUCCCCCCUUUCUUCUUUUCUCUCUAUCCCUCUCUCUUUUCUCUUCUCCCCUUUCCCCUUCUCUCUCUCCCCUUUUCUCUUUUCUCUCUCUCCUGUGUCCCCCCUUUCUGUUUUUUUCUUCUCUCUUCUGUUUCUUUGGUUUCUCUCUCUCUUCUAAUCUCUUUUGGCCCCUCUUCUUUUUCUCUCUCUUCUCUCUACCUUCUCCUUUCCGUUUUGGCCCUUCUUGUUCUUUUCCUCUCUUUUUCCCCCCUUCUCUUCCCCCUUUCUCUCUCUUUUCCCCUCCCCUCCUCUUCCUCUCUCUCUCUCUUCCCCUCUCUCUCUCUUCCCUCUCUCUCUCUCUCCUCUCUCCCUCUCUCUUUUCUCCCCCCUUCCCCCCCCCCUCUUCUCUCUUUCUUCUCUCUCUCGUUCUUUUGUGUCUUCUCUCUCCUCUCUUCUCUCUUUGUCCUCUCUUUUUCUCUCUUUUCUCUCCCCUCUACCUUCCCCUUUUCUCGUCUUUUCCUCUCUCUGGUUCUCUCUCUUUCUUUUUGUCUCCCCUCUCUGCCCUUUUUCCUCUCCUCUCUCUCUCUCUCUCCCCUUCUCUCUCUUCUCUUCUCUCUCUCUCUCUUUUCCCCUGUGGGGGGCCCUUCUCUGUUCUCUCUCUCUCUCCUCUCUUCUCCCCUUCUCCCCCUUCUCUUUCUUCUAUCUAUCUCAAACCCAAAUUUCCAAAACCCUCUCUCUCCCCCGGCAGACUCUGCCCCUUUCCCUUUUAAACUGGUUUUUCCUCCUGCCAAAAAAAAACCUGGUGAUAAAUUUCCGGGUAAGGAGUGUGGGGUCUGAGUGGUCUGUGUGGUUUUUGUGGGGUGUUUUGUAUUUUUUUAAUUGUGUUUUGUUGUGUUUGUGUCUGGAGUGUGUUUUUGGGUUGUAUGGGUGUGUGUGUAUUGUAUGUGUGUGUGUGGGUGUGUGUGUGUGUCGGGAGGUGUCUGUGUGUGUGCUUUGUGGGGUGUGUGUAUUGUAUGUGUGUGUGUGUCUUUGUGUGUGUAUUUGGUGUGUAGCUGUGUUGUUUGUCAUUUUGUGUGUGCUGAGUGCGUGUGGGUGUGGUAUGGGUGUGUGCUGUCUGAUGUGUGUAUUUUUGUGUUGUGUCUGUGUGGUGUGUUUUUUGUUGUUGGGUGUGUUGUGUGGAGGUGUGUGUGUGGUCUUUGUGUGUGGUGUUCUGUGUGUGCUUUUGGUUUUGUGUUUUUGUGUUUUGGUGUCUGUGUGUGUCGUGGUCUUGUGAUGUUUGUGUGUGUGUGGUGUGUGUCUGUGUGUGUGUGUUUGUGUGGGGUCUUUGUGUGUCUGUGUGUGUGUGUGUGUUGUGGUGUUGUGGGGUAUUUGUGUGUAUGUGUGUGUAUGUGUGUGUGUUUGUGUGUGUGUGUGCUCCCCAACAAAGUGGAUUAACUACCUGUCUGUCUCUCUUCUCUUCCCAGCGGUCAGGGAGGGUGUAUGAGGACCUCCCCAACACAGCGGACUACGUCAGCUACCGCCUGGCCUGCAACAAGGACGACUACCCGGAACCCUACUCUCCACCUAUCAACCCUCCCCUCUCCUUCCUCCCCGACUCUCCACCUAUCAACUCUCCCCUCUCCUUCCUCUCCCAGCACCCCUACACCCACUCCAACAAUAUCUUCUCCCCCGCCUCCCAUCCCUCCCCUGUCUUCAGAUAUCCUUCCCUCCCCUCCCUAUCCCCCCCUCCCGGCCUCGCACCCUACACCUUCCCUAAAGAACAGUAUGUGUGA